AUGGAGGUUUCGACUACGCGAGAUGACAGCACAGUGAUGAUCAACAACAAUGCACUUGAAGGCUGGUUUAGGGAAGCUGUGUUGGAGACUAAUCCGGGUUCUUCAGUUGUUCUUGAAGUUGAUGAGAGUACCGAGAGGUUUAAAAGGGUUUUUGUAGCUUAUGCCGGCCAAAUUCAAGGUUUCAAGUUUAGCCUACCUGUUUUAUAUGUUGAUGGUGCCUUUGGAAAGAGCAAAUACAAGGGGCAGAUUCUUGCUGCAACUGGAAGAAAUGGAAACAAAGCCUUUGGAGAUACUGUUUUGCAGCACUUGAAGGCUUUGUUGGAACCGCAAGGAAGGAUUAUCACAUUCAUUAGUAGUCGUGGUGUUGGUUUGUUGAAGGCAUUUGAUCUCAUUUUUCCUGGUAAUCCUCAUCUUUACUGUUAUCAUCAUUUGCAAUACAACCUGAGUCGAAUGUAUAAGAACAAAGGAGGGGAAAUUGUUGUUGCUGAUGUGUUACAAAAAUUCUUUAAAGUGGCUCAUGCUUCGACUGAGAAGUCUUUCUACUUUCAUUUAAAAAAUUUGAGAGAUGAAGGUGGUGCUACUAUUAUUGAUGAAUUCAUCAUGGAGAUUCCAUUGGAACAUUGGUGCCGUGCUUUCUUUAAAGGUUGUCGGUAUGGGAUUAUGGCAAAUGGUAUUGCUGAAUCCUUUAAUAACUGGAUUGUUGCUGAGUGUUCACUGCCCCCUUUCCCUAUGUUAGAUCAAACAAGAAUGAAAGAAAUGAAGAUGAUGUCAGAAAGGAGUGUUGAGUCGAAAUCUUGGACUACCAAGCUUACUCCUAAAAUGGAGAAGAGGCUGAAAGAGCAGCUUGAUAGGUCUCGUGUGUUCAGGGUGAUUGCUUCCCAUGAAAAUGUUUAUGAGAUUAAUUGCUUCCCAUGCGCUCAUGCACUUGCUGCUAUACAAGGUGCAAGACUUGAUGUGUAUGAUUUCAUUGAUCCUUAUUUUACUGCUGAAUACUAUAGGAUGUGUUAUAGCUUUCCUAUUGCACCUCUGAGUAACGUGGAUGCCUCUUGUUCUUCCACUGAGGAAUUUAUACUACCUCCUGUUACAAAGAGGCCGGCUGGGAGGCCUAAAUCAAAGAGGAUAGCAUCUGCUGGUGAGAAAAGCUGA